AUGGCGACGGCCGUAUCACUGUUGGCCAACCUAUGCAACAGCGCCUUUGACCAACAGCACCACCACCAGCAGUCACAUCAGCAACAGCAAUUCUUUUCCCCGUUCGCGGCCCAAGGACCGGAAACGCUUCAGCACCGUUACACCAGCGCCCCCGCAGCCGGUGGUGGCCGCAGGAGCGAAGGGAACGGGAAUCCGUGCUUCCAUCUCGACGCGCUAGACUUUCAUCUGCUGAGCCGCACAUUCGAGGAAGAGAUCGAACAAAUGGAAUACUCGGGCAACUCCAGUACCUACCAGUAUCAUCAGCAGCACGAUCAGCAGCAGCAACAGCAGCAACUUUCUAGCGCAACAAGACGCCAGAGACAGGGACAGCAAGAUUUCGAGCAGAUCCCUUCCGGUUACAACUUGGACAACGAGGACACGUACAGCGGUUCGCCGAACAACUUCCAGGACUAUCAGAACAACUUUGUCGAUUCGCCACCGGAUUCGAAGGAACCGUGGCCGGUCGAGUACGGCAAGAUGCACACGGCGAUCGCCUCGACCAGUGGCGCUGCCAGCGAGACGGCAAACGCGUCGACGGCCGUCACAGCGGUCACGGUUGCAACGGCGGCUGUUGCCGCGGCCGCAGCGGUAUCCCAGCAGCAGCAGCAGCAGCAGCAGCAGCAGGACACCGGUUCAUUCAUGAGCAACUGCAUUCUGCCGAGUCGCAAGCGGCGCAUGGAGUGGAUGUCACCGCAGCAGGAGGACACCGAUGGGUCCGAGACAAAAAUCGCCAAUAUCGAAAAGGAGCGUGACACACAGCGUAAGGGAAGCAUGCGUUGGGCCGAUGAUCUCGAUCUGGACCUCACCAACGAACUGUCCAACAAUGGAUACAUUAGCGACUCCCUACUGAACUUUCCCGUGUUCAAGCAAGAACUCCCUUCGCCGCCACAAAAGACGUUUGUUUUCUUUUCUUACUCUAAGUCACAACAACAACAGCAUCAGCUGCAGCAGCAAGCGUUGCAUCAACAAGCCGGAGGAUCAUCCGGACAGGAUCACCCGCAGCAAGUAACGGCUGCCGGUGGUGGCCUACAGCAACAAACGCUUGGUGGUGGCGGCGGUACCGCCAGUGGGGGAAAUGGGGGUAACAAUCUUCAGCAACAACAAGUCGCACAAUUCCAGCAGCAGCAUCAGCAUCAACAACAAGGACAAAGUCCGAUGAAUGGCAGUGCGCUGAUGAGUAACGCCGUGCACAAUGCUGCGCUUGGUUCUUCUGGGCUCAGCAGUCUGCAGAACUUUCUGCAAAGCAACCGACUAGAUACCGAUGCAACGGGAGCUGUUUUGCAGAUGCAACAGGAUGGAGCACUAGCAGCAGCACUGGCAGCGCGCGGAGGUGAACAUGCCGCUGACGACCACAAUCGAUUCCAGUACGUGCUGGCGGCCGCGACCUCGAUAGCGACGAAAAACAACGAAGAAUCUCUCACCUACCUCAACCAGGGCCAGAGCUACGAGAUCAAGCUGAAGAAGCUUGGCGAUCUGUCCCCGUUCCGGGGUAAGAUUCUGAAGAGUAUUAUCAAAAUAUGCUUCCACGAGCGCCGGCUGCAGUACAUGGAGCGGGAGCAGAUGCAACUGUGGCAGGCUUCCCGUCCUGGGGAGCGCAUUUUGGAUGUUGACAUCCCGCUGUCGUACGGAUUGAUGCAAGUGCAGCCGACCAGCAGCAACCUGCUAAACACGAUCGAGGUGUUUUGGGACCCGAUGAAGGAGGUCGGCGUUUACGUGAAGGUGAACUGCAUUUCCACCGAGUUCACGCCGAAAAAGCAUGGCGGUGAGAAGGGUGUACCGUUCCGGAUACAGGUAGAGACGUACCUGGACAGUACCACGAACGGUCUGUCGAACGGUGCGGCCAGUGCCGGUGACGACAAGGACAUGAUCCGACCGCUCCAUGCCGGUGCUUGUCAAAUAAAGGUGUUUAAACUGAAAGGAGCCGAUCGAAAGCACAAACAAGACCGAGAGAAAAUACUCAAGCGUCCCGCCACCGAGCAGGAAAAGUAUCAGCGUAGCUGCGACUGCACAAUACUGGCGGACAUAUCGACCGACGCGGUUCUGUUGCCACUAGGUGGCAGUUUCAGUCCGGACCACAUUAAACGUAACGUGUCGCCACUUUUGGGUGGACCCGCCUCACCGGGCCAGUUGAACAAGUUCGAAAACAUCAUGUCGAGCGUCCUAUGUGGUGGUGCAAACGGGGGAGGAAAUACCGGUGGCAACAAGACGGCGGCCACCGUUUCGACGGCGGCAGCCGCUGCGGCAAUGGUCGCGGCGGCUUCAGCAGCCGCGGCGCAGCAGAACAAUCCGAUCGGCAUUAGCAACGUCAGCUCAACCAACGGUAUGUGCAAGGCACCGACACCGAUGGACCAGUCGAUGGGUGGCGUCAUGUCGCCACAGCAACCGCCCAGCGAGCUAGACGAUUAUGUACCGACUAUUACGAAAGAAACGAGCCCAGGGGCGCUGGCGCAGUGGCUGGCCGUGCACCGGCUGUCCGCCUACAGCAAAACGUUUGCUCAAUUUUCCGGCUCCGAUAUAUUGAGAAUGUCCAAAGAGGAUCUUUGUAAAAUAUGCGGCUUGGCCGACGGCAUCAGGAUGUUUAAUAUACUCCAUUCAAAGGCCAUCACACCACGAUUGACGAUCUACGUCAGCUUCGAGGCAAACAUCUACCACGCGAUCUUCCUGCACUCGAACACCAUCCCGGAGUUAGUGCAGAAUCUGUCGAAAAUACCCGGCUUCCUAGAGGCGAUCAAUGCGAUGAACAACAGCGCCUCCGGUUCAUCCGAGGCCGGGCUGGGCUGGUCCGGUGCCUUCGGCGGACGAUCCGGCGGUUCGGGUGGUGUACUGAAACUGUCCAAUGGCAUGGGAGGACGCCACGGCAUCGACGGGCAUCUGUCUACGCCGUCCCCUUCGUCACCGCCCAUCUCGUCGUCCUCGAGUGUGGCCAAGCUGCAGCUGCUGAUCAACGGCCCGGGCGGCAUCCAGGUGCUGCUGACGGAGGACGUGCUCAACAACGUCAAGGACGAAACCCAGUUCCAGUUGGAGUUGAAACCGAACGGGAAUAUAUUGAUGAAGGCGGUUCACAAUGCGUCCUCGAGCAGUGCCGACUGCUCUAUCGACGAGGAUGGCAAUUAGUGGGAGCGUGCAUUACACCAGCAACAGGUGUAUCGGGGCGGCAAUUUUACUGGAGUUUUCCAAUGAUUAUAUUUUACCGUUUUUUUUUAAAUUUCUGAGAAACUUAUCUUAUAGAUUUUUAAAAGGGCAGUGCCUAGGUUGUAGGGGUGAUAAUAGGACGAGAUUUAAGUCUUAAAAGAAGAGGAAACAUUGCCUAGCGCGACGUGCAGAUACGAAGGUGCGUGAUAUGAUAUUGUGCAAUGUGAUGCGGAGCAGAAUCCAGCGAUACACCAUCGCUCUAAGGGAUUUUCCCUCGCGCAAGUGCUUGUUAGAUGCCACUCAGGGUUUGUUUCGUGUGUGACGCCAUGGGUCACCGCGUACCGUGUACCGUAUGUUAACAUUAACAUGAUUGGUGUACUAGUUACUGGGCCUUAAAGUUCACCAAUGUGCCAUCAUUAACUCGGACCGUCUCGGCGUAGUUUGGGAGAGGGUAAACAAAUGAGAGAAUGAUCUACAUUUUUUUUCGUACAUUGAAGGCAUUUAGUAGCGAUGAACUCACAAAACAAAUUAUAUUGUGGAACAGAUAAAGUAAAAAAAGGAAGCAAAACUGUUAUUGUUAAGGCGAAUCCGACUAAUCGUCACUGAAAGAAACACACACACAUGCAUUACAUUAGUACAAAAUGGAUUGAUGACGAUGAGAGGGCUUUUAGGGUCGCCAAUUUAUUUUUAGAAUUAUAUUACUACAACAAAGUGAAGGAGAGUAAGGAUGGAAGCGAUAUAUAUAUUUUUUAAAUUUCUUUUUUUGAAAAUACACAAUAAUUGUUUCCGUAGAACAUCUUUGUGUAAUGAUUGAUCGCAUGAAAUGGAAGUAAUAUAAUUUUUUUUGUCUACAAACCCCUUAGUUAAAUCAUAGAAGUUCCACAACGCGGCAUGGUUCUGCGAGAGACUGGUUUGCUUUUGCAAGACAAGUGAAAUGAAGUGUCUUAAUAGCUAUAGUAGAGGAAGAUGAUGCCUUUAUAUACACCAACUUUCGUAGGAUAGGUUAACCGUUGAUUUUAACCGUCUCGCCGUAGUAAGCACGUCAUACUGUAGAGCAGUAAGGUUAUGUCUAAGAAAUUUGUUAAUGCAACUAGACACGAAGAUGUUUGACGAUAAAAGAAGAGCUUUUCUUGAGGGGAAAUGCUUUAAAAUGAAAAAAAAACAUGUGUUACAUUUGAAGAAAAAAGAUGUAAAUAAAUAUGUUUGUCUAUUGCGGAAA